UUGAUUUUGUGACUUCUGACACUGGUCCAGCUUCCGGGAUGUCAAUUUAUCCAUGAGUAAACAUUUCCCUUUCCGGACAUAGUUUUUUUGGCAGUGAUGAAGGGAGAUCAGCAGUUCUGAGAUUUGUCCAGACACACGCGACAUCAUGCCGGUCUCCCAGGACAUCGUCAAGCUGGCGAUCGAGUUCCCAGGCUCGGGGAAAAUGGCCCAGCUUGUUGAUUUUGAUCAGAAAAAGCCGCUGGUUGCGAUCAUCCGGGAUGUGUGCGACGUAUGGCAGGUCCCCAGCUCUGAGCAGUAUGCCCUGCAGUACUCAGACAACACUCAAACCUACAUCACAGAAAAGAACCGUAACGAGAUCAAGAAUGGAACUGUACUGAAGCUCACCACAUCUCCUUCCAAAACAGCUGCAGAUAUUGUGCUGUGUAUGAAAGGAGAGGACUCGGUAGAGAAGUGUAAGGCUUUACAGAAGCUGGCCAAAAUCUCGGCUGAUGUCACUUUUGCCAGCGAGUUCAUCUCAAGAGACGGAGUCCCUCUUCUUGCGGGGAUGGUCGAGAACGGCUCUGAAACUGGAGAAAAUUUAGCCUUCAUCCUGACUGCCUUUCUGGAACUGAUGGACCAUGGAGUGGUGUCCUGGGAUAACCUCACUCCUACUUUUGUCAAACGAGUGGCCACCUCUGUAAAUAGACAUUCCGCCGAUGCUACUAUCCUGCAGAAGUCUCUGGCUAUACUAGAGUCUAUUGCCCUCAACAGCUAUGAGCUGUACAGCUUAGUGUCUACUGAAGUCACCUUUGGAAACCUCAUAUCACACAUUCAAAGCUCCAACCAGGAGAUCCAGUGUAACGCUGUGGCCUUGAUCAAUGCCUUGUUCCUUAGAGCACCUGAGGUGAAAAGAAAGAGAGCCCACUCAGAGGCAGACUUGUCUGAUGAAGAGGAGUGCUGGCAACGAAAUGGGUCCGAGUUAAGCAUUACGUUGAGUGACAAGCUGAAUGCCAAGCAGAUCAGGAAUGUUAUAUUAAAUCAUGUGAUCCGGGGUCCUCGGCAAGUAGGUACAGAGAUGGCACACCAGCUGUACGUGCACCAGACAUUAUCCUUCAACCUGCUAGAAGAGCGCAGAAUGACCAAGCUGGACCAAAAUGACCAGGUGCUGAAAGACCAGAUAAUAGAGUUGAGAAAAGUGGCCUUCGACAAUGACCAGGACUUAUCAGGCUCCAUCCCACCUCCCAGGAAAACAGCUGAGAAAUACACCAGGGACUACAAGAAGCUUGGAUUCACGAAUUAUACAAACCCUGCCUUAGACUUCUUGGAGACUCCUCCUGGUGUACUUGCACUUGACCUUAUGGUAUAUUUUGCCAAGUACCAUGCUGAAAGCUAUACAAAGCUUGUACUGGAGAACUCCUGCAGACAAGAUGGUCACGAAUGUGCCUUUGGGAAAAGCUCCAUAGAACUGACCAAGAUGCUGUGCAAGAUUCUUAAAGUGGGCGAAAUACCCACAGAGACAGGGCAGGAGUACUACCCCAUGUUCUACACCCAUGACCACGCCUUCGAGGAGUUUUUCUGCAUCUGCAUCCAGCUGCUCAAUAAGACAUGGAAGGAAAUGAGGGCCACGCAUGAGGACUUUAACAAGGUGAUGGACGUGGUGCGGGACCAGAUCCAGCGUGCGCUCGCGGAGAAGCCCAACUCACUGGAAGGCUUUAAAACCAAGCUGCAGGGUCUGAGCUACGCCCAGAUCACCAAGAUGCGCAUCCAGGAGAGGUCCAACAAAGAGGAGUGGGACUCACAGGCCAGGCCUGUCUGUGAGCUGAGAGAACAGAUUAAACCUGAAAUCAUCAACCUGGUCAAGCAACAGAGACUGAAUUAUUUGGUGGAAGGAACACUGUUUAACAAGUUCACCAACCGAAGAGUCAAAGACAAGUUUUGGUACUGCAGACUGUCUCCCAACCACAAGGUUCUCCACUAUGGGGAUGCUGGUGUGACUACCCUGGCCUUUGCUGUGCUGUAUGAUCCUGACCAGUCCUUGGACUUCGUGGCACCCAAUGAGACGCUCUAUUCCAUUUGGACUGAUGGGAUAAAUGCUUUGCUUGAUAAAGAGAUGGUGAGUGAAGAGAUGAAGAACGAUGUGGAAACCCUGCUCAGUAUGGACAUGAAGUUACGUCUGCUUGACACAGAGAAUGUCCCCAUCCCUGACAAACCCCCGGACAUGCCUCCAGACCCGCCUAACUUCGACUUUUGCUACGACUUCAGUUGAUCCUCUUUGGGUCACUCACUUUACACUUUCCAUAGUUAGGUCGUUUCAUUACUAAUUGUAUUAAACAUUCAGUUAUUUUUGCAAUGAUUUGUUAAAAUCUUUAUUAAAUGUGGUAAUCAUUUUCUGUAAGUGUACCGCAUAGGUUAAUAUGAAUUGAAUUUAUGUAAAUAGAUUUUAGACCUGAUAAUUCAGAAUGUAAAAUGUUUAUGACUAUUCAUUCCAAUGUAUGAUCUGUAUUACUCAUAUAUGCUUUAACACUUAAAUGAACCACAGUCAUGAUUGUGAUUGGCAACUUUUGAACAAAGUGUAAGUGUAACAAACCAUUUUUGCCAGGUUAAGAAACGGUUUCCACUGUAUGUUGCAAACUUACAUAUAUCUUAAAGAUAAAAUGCUGGCUUUUUUUGAUACAGUUGAAGUUGUUUUGCUCUCUAACAGGUUAUGCUUGUCUUGCUACUUUGUGAGACUGAUGAACUUGCUCUGUUUGCAUUCCACAUGUUCUUAUGUGUCACACUUCUCAGAACUAUAUCUAACAGUAUCUAUCUACAAUAUUUGUAUUGUGGUUAGUCCUGUCCUGAAGCUUGACAAGUUGUAUUAGGAAACAUCUUCUGGUAUUGCAUGCGCAGUAUUUUUAUUGCAUCUUUGGCCCUCAGAGUGCAAAGUUGCAUCUCAAUUUUUAACCCGUAGCCACUCAAUCUGGUUUAGAACUUUGUCAUUGUAGAGGAAGAAGGUAAAUAAUUCACAAUCAGACACAGAAAUGCCUCAACAUGGGGAAUAAAUGUUGUGCCAAAUGUUGUUGUCUCAAAGUCCUGUCGUCUCCAAGCCUGCAUUGGCAAAGUUGUUGAAAUAGAAACAGUUAGGGACUAACACUUGUGAUCUGCUGUGAUGUACUUUGUAAAGGAAGUAUGUGGAAGUCUUCUGGCUAUCAAACAUCUCUACUCUAAUUCUGAUGUCAAGUAUUACUAAGCCAUGUUAUUCUGUAUAAACUGACAGAAAAACCUGUGAUUUUACUACAUGUAGGCUAUGCAUAAUGCUUAACAAUAAAGACUGUGAAGGAUAGGCAGUACCCCUACAUUUUAUACAGUUAGGACAUUGAAUUGGGGGAAAUGGGCCGUCAAUGUGAUAUUGUGUCUCUGUAGUAAUUGGGUCUGUUGUUUCAUAAAUAAAACAGAUAAUGUUACAACAGGAAAUAAGCAACCUUAACCGCUGAUCACAUAUCUACUUGCAGGAUAGUAAAACUGUCUGUACGAUAUUCCAACAUAAUGAUUAACAUGGUGAAAGCUAUUUUUGGCAAUGCCUCAGGGGCUAGCCUAAUAGUAUAGUAUUAUUCUUUUGAAAGGAUGGUAUACUGUUGCUUAACUUAAACAUGUAAGGAAAGCUCUAUCUUUUAUGCACUUUAAUAAAAUACUUUUAUGCUAAUGUCAAA